GCAGCUGUUGUUUUUCCCCAUUGCUUUUGCGAAGUCGUUUUAGGAAAGAGUUGACUUAUUCUUGAAACAUAAAGAAAAUGCAAGAAAAUGCCUGUUCCUGCGAAGAAGAAACCACUUGCAGUUGGAAAUUCGAUUAGUGAUUUAAAUAGUCACGCAGAGAAUGUUAAGAUCAGCAUAAAGACUUCUUUACAGUGUCGACAAUAUUGUCUUUCAUUGGGUGGUAUAUUCAAAAAGGCAGAGGCAAGAUUUCAAGAUGGUGAUGAUGAGAACGCUUAUAUCCUUUAUAUGCGAUUCUUGCAUAUAUUUGAGGCAAUCAAGAAAACCUAUGAAUAUCAGAAGCAAAUGAAAAUUUACAAUGACUUGAUUGAGGUGCGAAAUGUGUUAACAGCAGUCGAAAGAGCUGAAACUCUAGCUGAUAGCUUAAAAGAAAGAUAUAAGCAACUGAUUGAGGACAGAAAUUCAAAGCCCAAUGCUCAAGGGAACGUAACUGCAGAUACCAAAAAGCAGGAGAAGGCAUCCCAAGAGGGCAAAAGACCAGCAAAAAACCAAAAUAACAAAGAAUUUCAAAAUGACAAGCCAACAAAUACAAGGCAACCUGAAUCAAAGCUACCUGGGAAUUAUGCUAGCUCAUUGCCUGAUGUUCCAAGUUUUGAUACGGAAAUGGAUGAUAUUUCUAUCGCAAGAAAGCCUACCAAAGUUGACCCUUGGAUUGCACAAGAUGAACUUUACAAUCUUUUGAAAUCCGUGAAAUCCGAAUCCAUCUUAAUCCUUGAUACACGACCCCCUGAUGAAUUCGCUGCUUCCCGUGUCAAACACAGUAAUAUCUUGAAUAUUCGCGAAGAGCUGCUAAAACCGGGGGCAAAUGUCAAUAGCGUAGAAAGAAGACUGCCAAAGGAUGUUUGGGAAACUUGGAUUAAGAGAGGAUCCAUGGAUUAUAUUAUCAUUAUGGAUCACGAUGGUACUCGUGAGAAUUCAAAGCAGGAUUCUCCAAUCCAGAUUCUCAAGGAUGUGAUUUUCAAAUGGGAUUCAAGUGCACAAGUAAAAUCUGAACCAAGAUUACUUGAUGCAGGAUUCAACGGAUGGCAACUUUACUAUCCAUCACUGUGUACUAAUCCUUUUUACAAGAAAAGCAAACCUGUCCCACAUGUCAAAAUUCCAGAUCCAACGAAGCUUUUGUCAAGUUUGAAUUAUCCAACUCUGCCUGGAUUGAGUAUCAAUGAAAGCAAGCAACCAAGCGCAAAUAAACCACCCGAGCCUGAAGGAAAGUUAGAGAAGAGGACAGCGCCGGUUGGCAAAGAUGAAAAGAGCCCAGUUUUUAACGAAGAUGAUCUGCUUGCAAAACUACGACGUCAGAUUGACGGGACUCCGGAUCCCAGUACCGAAUCAUUCAUUUACAAGGAUAAACGAAGUUUAGGAAAUGAAAGUCCUCAGUUAAUGAGAGGAGGCGGCGAGAAAAGAUCACGAACUGAUCACCAAAAUUUGAAAAGUGAUUGGAAAGCUUUUACAAAUCCGGAGAAACACUCAGAUUCAUUGAUGCCAAAUGCUAGUCGAGGUACCCUUGGGUCUAAUGGCAACACAGGAGACAAGUCCCCGCUUUUUGUCGAUCAUGUUGAUGGUGCGAUUGCUGGAAACCUUCCCAUGAAGAGUGCAACAGAGAAGCUUAAUGUAGGGGACUUGAAAGAGCCUUUGCGAAGUGAUGAUGGUCAGGUAUUGUUUGCGAAGUAUAAAGACGUUGGUCUUGAAGAACAGUAUGAAAUGAGAAAGCAUUUGGGCUCCAUUGGAAAGGAUGGGAAGCCUGUCUCAAGGAAUGAAAAGUACCAACCGUUUGGGAUUCACACACUGAAAAGGGAGAAUGAGGGACACACAGUACCAGCUAGUGCCACCUCAACCUCCAAGGAUGCCUUUAAUGCGAGUAAUGCUUCUGAGAAGGAUGCAAGCAGGUAUUCAACUCUCCCUAGAGCAGCUUCCAAUUCAAAUACCAUGUCGCAGGGCUACCCUAGAGCAAAUGCCGCAAUUCCCCACGAUAACCCUGCAACUCAAAGGUCAAAUUCAGCCCCCUACAAUCAACCAGCCAAUACCCCAGUACCCCAUCAGUCAUUUUCCUCAAAGUCUCUACCACGGAAUGCGGACAUGUCAAGCGGAGGUCCAGCUACCAGAGCCAACGGACCUAUAACAGGAACAAGUGGCUAUAUGCAACCUGGUCUUGGUUCUUCAGGAAAUGUACCACUUAAACCAGGACAGAGCCACAAAAUUCCUCCUAGCACUGGCUCAAAUGCUAAUUUAGUACCGAAACAAGGAAUAGGUGCAAAUUUACCACAGGAUUUAAGACCAAGCGCAAAUGUACCAAUGAGUCCCACAGCAACCACCAACGUGCCAGGGAAACCUGGAACAAGUGGAGCCUUACCUGGUGCAAACGCAAACCAAGCGGGUACAAAGCCACCUACACCAAGUGAGGGUCAGCAGCCAAAACUAACACAAUCUCCAACUAAAGGGCAUUCUGGUAACUUCCCCAUGUCUCCCAUCACACGCCCCAGUAACACAGUCAGCCAUCUGUCAAAUUCUACAAUGUUACGACCGCAGAUGUCAAGUGACAAUUUUAAAGCUGCCAGGGCGGAUUCAGAAACUAUGGAACAAGAGAUUGUCACAACCCCAGGUCUGCCCCACGGCUGGGAAAAAAGCGUUGAUAAAAGAACUGGACGUAUUUAUUUCAUUGAUCAUAUAACAAAGUCCACUCACUGGGAACUUCCGCCUGAUUUUUAUGCUAGUAGAGAGAAAGAGACUGAAACGAAGAAACAGAAAAGACAAGCACCAGAGCCGCCUACUGCGAAGGAGGAAGAGGAACCGCAGCCGGCACUGAAGAGGUCGUUGUCAACCCCAAACCUCGCUGAUCUUGAAGUAAACAAAGAGAUUGCAAAACCAGUUCGACCUGUUGUUGACCGCACAUUGAAGCCAAGUCAAUCGAAACAGCAGAUUGUUGACAGAUCAACGAAGCCUCUCCCAAAAUCACGCUUGCAGAAUCUUUCUCCCGUCUAUGGCAGCAAGGGUCAAAACCUUACUGGACUGAAAAACCUGGGUAACACAUGUUACAUGAAUUCUGUUAUCCAGUGCCUUAGCAGUACAGUCGCGCUGGCUAGAUACUUAAACAAUGGUGAAUAUUUGCGUCACCUUAAUCCAAACAGUAUGAAUCGCAGACCAGAAGAAGUAGUAAAAGAGCUAGCAUUUCUUAUCAAGGUCCUCUGGUCCGGACAAUACCGCUCUGUUUCGCCUCUUGAUUUCAAGAUUGCAGUUGGGAGAUUCGCGUCGCAAUUCUCUGGAACAAAACAACAAGAUGCACACGAGUUUCUCAUGUUCUUUAUGGAUGGAAUCCACGAAGAUGUCAAUAAGGUCAGAAAGAGAGUGCCCAUGAUCGAACAAAACAACGAUAACCUUCCUGAUGACGUUGCUGCAAUUAGCGCCUGGAAAGACUACUCCAAAAACAACAAUUCCGUUAUCGUUGAUCUGUUCCAGGGACAAUUCCGAUCGACCGUCUCCUGCAAGACUUGUGGUAAAAACAGUGUGACGUUCGAUGUGUUUAGCUGCUUGCCUUUGCAACUCACUUCAAAGAGUGCGUGCUCACUUGAUGGCUGUGUUCGUGCCUUCACAAGUCCAGAGAUGAUUGGCGGCAAUAACAGUUGGAAAUGCUCAAACUGCAAGACAUACCGUGAGGCAAAGAAGACAAUCGAACUCUGGAGCCUACCGCCCGUUGUUGUUGUGCAACUGAAAAGAUUCUCCUCCGAUGGCAUCUGGCAUAACAAACUGCAAACAAAUGUUGAUUUUCCCGUUUCCAACUUUGAUAUGGGCAGACAUCUUGUUGGGCCACGAAGAGACAAGGCGAAAUAUGAGUUAACUGCUGUUGUGAAUCACUAUGGCAGCUUUGAGAGCGGACACUACACAGCUUACUGUGCGAACCAAAAUAAAUGGUUUUGUUACGAUGACAAUGUUGUCAGUGAAAUUGACAAAAACAAACUCAAGUCUUCGGCAGCAUAUCUCCUGUUUUACACAGCAACAGAACUGACAGGACUUCAGUUUAAAUGAAGCACCUCAGAAAUGGAAAUUUACUAUCUUAGCUAGUGGUAUUGAUUUAAUUGUUUGUAUGAAUGAUAAUUAUUGCAUAGAAUUGUACAUAGUUUGAAUCAUAUUAUUUUGGUAAUAUUGAAAAGUGUCAUAUGAUAAUUGGUGGGUUUGUGACAGUGGCCUAACACAGUCUGGGGCACUUUUGUUCGAUUAGUAAGGGCCCUCGACCAAAUAAGUCUCCCAACUGAAAAAGGGACCCCGACCAAAAAGGCCCCCGACCAAAAAGGCCCCCGACCAAAUAGGGUCCCCGACCAAAAAGGGCCCCCAAGCGAAAAAAGGACCCCGACCAAAAAGGCCCCCGACCAAAUAGGUUCCCUGACCAAAUAUGGUCCCCGACCAAAUAGGGCCCCCAAAUAAAAAAGAUCCCCUACCAAAUAGGUUCCCUGACCAAAUAGGGUCCCCGACCAAAUAGGGCCCACAACCAAAAAGAUCCCCUACCAAAUAGGGUCCCCUACUAAAUAAGGUCCCCUAUCAAAUAGGGUCCGCGACCAAAUAACUCCCCUGACCAAAUAAGUCCCCCUACUGAAAAAGGGACCCCGAUCAAAAAGAUACCCUACCAAAUAGGAUCCCCGCACAAAAAGGUGCCUUCUCCGUCCCGUUCCUAAAUACCCUUGUUUUACUGUUAGUUCAUUGCAUUUCUGUAAUUUCGUAACAAACGAUCAGAUACUUUUCGCAGAGCCUUACUCUGUGCAGUAUUGAUGGAUGAUUUAAUGAUAACCAUAUGUCCAAGUUAGUUUUGAUCACGUGUUAUCGUCAGUUAUUCACGUGAUGUUUUCUCAUUGUAUUGAAUUUAUUUAGUUUGUAUAAAGCUAUAUAUCUACAUACAUAGAACAGGA